AUGAAGAGAGCGAGGGUAAUAUAUGAGGAGGAGGACAGUAGUACAUCCCCCGACAGUGAGAGUGCGGAGGAUACAGACCCCAUAGAAGAAAGUCCCUGUGCCCGCUGGUGGAAACUUAGAAAGGAGGUAAAACUGCCUAUCAUCCCCAUGAUGCACUCUGCCCACUUGGGUGCAGAUGUACAAAAUGGUUUGGAGGUAGUGUGGAGUGAGGUCCUCUUCUCCAGGGGGAAACACUUCAACCUGCUGGAGGAGAGAGUCAAGGCUGUCCUUGAGAACCUGGUAGUUUUGGAUCAUCCAAAUAUUAUCAAGUGCUACAAAUACUGGGCAGAAACGGAAGGACCCUGGAGGAGGGUGACCGUGCUUUCCAUGAUUUUCAUCACAGAAUAUGCGUCAUCCGGAAGCUUUAGGAAGUACCUCAAGAAGACUAGGAAUAAUCCUAAGAGUGUAAAUGCAAAGAUUUGGAAGAGAUGGUGCAGCCAGAUCCUGUCUGCUCUCAGUUACCUGCACUCAUGCAAUCCACCCAUCAUCCAUGGCGGCCUGAGCUGGGAGACCAUCUUCCUUCAGCCCAACGGGGUUAUCAAGAUCGGAUCAGGUAUAGAAUUAUGCUGGUUUGCUUCCACUGUGUUAGCUGUUGAGGAGAUCACUACUGCAGUAGACAUUUACUCAUUUGGCAUGUGUGCAUUAGAGAUGGCGCUCCUGGAGAUCCAGGGGAAUGGAGAGUCCUAUAAUGUUUCUCAGGAGGCCGUAAACAAUGCGAUACGGUUACUGAAGGACCCACUGCAGAGGGAGUUAAUCCGGAAGUGCCUUGAGCCAAAUCCAAGUAAAAGACCUACAGCCAGAGAGUUGCUGUUCCACCAGGCACUCUUUGAAGUCCCUCGGCUAAAACUGCUGGCUGCCCAUUGUAUUGUAUGCCACCAACACAUGAUACCUGAAAAUGUCCUAAAGGUGUCAUUGCUGAGAGAAAAGAGGGUGUUCAGCUCAAACCAGGGUUUGGCAACCUUAGGCACGUGUGCCAUCAUUGGCGUUGGUUUUCGCCAUUUUGUGUCCUGA